AUGAAGGACACCGUGUCCAAGGCGGCGUUCAGUUCUUCGACUCUGUUAUCCGGCCGAGGCGCGCUGCACAUGGCCCAGAUCCUCCUGUCUGUGGUCACCUUUGUCCUGGCCGCCUUCAGAGGAGGGAGCAGUCACACCUACUGGAACUACGCCAUGUUCACCUGGGCCUUCUGCCCCAUCAUGACCCUCAUCAUCACCAUUAUUGAGCUGUACAAGCUCGAUAUCAUACUCAAUAUGUUUUGCAUGGACUGGUCUGACUUCAUGGCCAUGUCCUCUACGCUCAUGACCGUCUCUAUCGCCAUCACUUAUGCCAACUUCUACGCCUGCCUGACGUGCCUGUACGGGUUGAUAGUGAGCAUAUUUGCUUUCUUGUGUGGCUUCGUCUACACGCUUGAGGUGGUGAAGGACAAACUCCUGGACAAGAGGAAAGGGAGCUACCUGGCUGCUCUGCCUGGAUUCUGGAAGGUCAUGGAGGCCUUUGUGAGCUGCAUGAUUUUGAUAUCACUGACUGGCUACACAGACAAGCCGGUUCUCAUCUUGUGUGUUAUAGCGUAUGCCAUUCCGUUCCCCAUCCUCCCCGUCAUCAUCGCCACCAACAUCCUCAAGAAACUGAAGGAGUGUUUGCCCUUCAACGUGGACCGGUUCGUGUUCAUAUUUCUGGUGGUGUCUGUCGUGCUGUAUAUAUUCGCUGCGAUCAUGUGGCCCAUUUUUAUGUUCAGGAACAACCCUCGACCCAGUGACUGUCCACCCAGCUUCUGUGUCUGGGCCAUACAGUUUAUGGUUGCAUUUAUGACGUACGUCAAUCUCAUUCUCUUCACGCUGGACCUCGUCUUUACGCUCUUAGACAUCUGGGGCUUUAAACGCACAUAG